GUCAAAGCACGGAGCGCGCACAGCAGAGCACAUCAGAGAGAAUUAUUAGAUGAAUAGUGCAUUUCUCCGUGGACUUUCUACACAACAGUCACUCUUUGGGUUAUCUAAAUAAGACAGCCUACAAGGAAAACAUGUGCAACACAGAGGAGAGUUGUGCUGUGCUGGGCUCGAGGCAGCGGGCUCCAGGGCCUCUGUGGUGCUCCUGAUGCCCCUCUCCCACUAACGAAGAUCCCGGGUGGGCGAGGGACGGGCAGGGAUCUCCCUCACAGUGUACUGCACAAGGACGAAAAGUUGACGGUGACCGAGGCAGGGUCGGUAAGUGGAGCGCCCCCUGUCCUGCACUUCCAGUACCAGCUGAGCGAGCGACGGAUCUCCUCUUGGGACACGGUUCUGUCAGACGACGCUCUCUAUCUGGAAAUCCCUGCUGGUGCUCUUCACAAUGGCAGCAGAGAAGGUUUUACCCGGCUGCUGGAGUUUGCAGAGGAGCAGUUGAAAGUCAGCUAUGUGUUCCUGUGGCUUCACAAAAACAGAGACGAUCGACUGUCAAUCAUGAAGACCUUCCACUACAUGGGUUUUGAAGUGGUGAAACCGGGUCACCCGCUGGUGCCGGCUCGGCCCGAUCUCCUCUUUAUGGUCUAUUCUAUGGACAGCAGCAGUUCAGAUGAAGAGUGACCAUCACACUCUCGGUCAAUCUUAAGAUGCCCCCCCACCCCUCUUCCUCCCCCUCUCUAAUCUUCUGCAUCAAAGUGACUUUAAAGACAGGGGGAGGGACGUAGCUGCUCCGAUUUACACUCUGAUUGGUUCAGCUUCGGGUUUAUAUCUCACCGAUCCGUUCUGAUUGGUCGCUCCAUCAGCAGGAGGUGGGUUGGUGCUAAACCAGAAUCCAGCAUAUCCUUUCUGUUAAUUCACACCAUAUAUCAAAACAGUCAUGUAUAGAACAGCAGAUUUAGACAGCAGAGAUGGUAGUGAUACGUUUUACAGAAGGGCCUUUGUAAUCGACUGUAAACUGCUUUUUGUUGGCGAUUUAUGUGUUUCAGUUCGUCAGACUUCUGGUUUUACUCUUCUCUAGGAGUUUCAGCUAGUUAAUCAUUCAACAAGCUGAAAAGCGCUCCGCUCUUAGCAACUAAGACUCGACUCUCUUUAGCAGCACAAUUAGUCCUUCAGAUGCUCAUUAGGAUUUAUGCUACGUUCCAUUCAGCUCUUUGAACGUCCAACUUUCCACAGUUUGAGUGCACUUAAAGUUGGAUGUCCAACUUGGAAAGGUCUACGGAAAUUGAUUUCAGACUUGAACGCCACAGGAACAAGUCCAAAGGAAGUGCUAAAAAUUAGCUAAAGGCAAAAUGAUUAGCCCUCCUGUGAAAUUUAAAUAUUUCUCAAGUAAUGUUAAAAGGGCCAAGGGGAUUUUCACAGUAUUUCCUAUACAUUUCUUCUGUAGAAAGUCUUAUUUUUUGUUUGCCUGAAAUAUAAGUAGUUUUUAAUUAAGGCUGGGCCGAUAAACGA